UUUAUUCUUUCUGAAUCACGCGUAAUAAAUAAUGAGAAAUGGCGAAAUAUUACAAAUGAUAAAACAUUUUGCCGGAAAACUUUUACCUCCUGACGUCACGAGGAGAAAACACGUUUGCCUGCAGGUGUCCAUACACACGCGAGCGCGGCUGGCGAACCUGUCUCUUGCCACCCAUCGGCCAUGCUCGCGAGUCGCGCGCUCUCGCUUGUGAACGAGCCCCUUCACCCGACAUACACCCUGGUUCUCAAAUGGUUCAGUGCGAACCAUCUGUCCCCGGUUUGUUCUGACGUGUUAUCGUUUGCAACGUGGUGUGUGCUUGCUGCAGGUACUCGUCUGGCCAGGGGCAAGGGCGUGGAUACGGACAGGGCCGCGGGCAAGGCGGCGGCGGCGGCGGCGGUGGAGGCGGACAGCAGCGCUACGGCGGCGGUCGUGGCGGCGGCGGCGGCGGCGGCCGCGACGGGGGCCGCGACGGCGCCAACAGCAGAUACGGCGGCGGCAACAACGGCCGAUAUGACGACAGUGGGCGCUACAGGGCUCGCAGCGGCCAGAGCCGCUUCAACCCUUACUAGAAGGCGUUGGCUCUCCGAGGGCGCAACGGCCCCCGGGCCCCGACGGGACGACGACGCCGGCGCCGCCGCGCCUCUGCGACGGCCCUGGCCACCCCCGCCAGCUGCCCCGGCAGCUGCCUGUACAUACGACGAGCUCCUCCGCCGAGAGGAGCGCAUUUUAUUCCUUAAUUAACCCUGUACGUGUUCUCGCGAGGAGCACUCGCUCCGGCGGAUGUAAUGCACACGGCCCGGCGAGCCAAGCGCGACCGGCCCCC